AUGCGCAGGGCGCAGCAUCGAGGGUAUUCACCAACCCGCAUGUCCCCGAGACCGCUUUCGAGAGAAUCAUCAGCACAGCCGUCAUCAGUCCUCGAGGAUUGCGACGGCGACUCGAUCAUGUCCACCUCACGCCCCCCAAGCCUGGCUCUCAUGCCUCCCUCCUCGGCAUGUUCGAACCCGGCCUCGCCCCCGUCGUUGAGGGACAUACUCACCAAUAUCGCACCCCCACCCUACACGCUGGGUGCCUUCACAGCUUUCUUGUCACAGAACCAUUGCAUGGAGACGCUCGAGUUCACCAUGGACGCUGAUCGUUACAGUACGACGUAUUCUAACUUCCUGAUGGAGCAGGCAGCCGGGUUGCCAGAUGGAAUGGACCACGUUUGCUCUCUGUGGCAGAAGAUCAUCAACGCUUACAUAUUACCCUACGGCCUCCGGGAAGUCAACCUCCCAUCGCAUGUCCGAGACCGCCUACUUUCACUACGCUGUACGCCGGCCCCUCCCCACCCGUCGGAGCUAGAUGAAGCCGUGAGGAUUGUGUACGAGCUCAUGAACGACUCGGUGUUGGGCCCGUUCAUCGCUUCGGUGGCACCGCAGCACGACUGGUCUGGCGAGCACGAUCCCAGGCACACGCGGUCACGGCUCCGCAUUCCUAAGGAUUCAUCUUCGAGCCUGGACGAUUCGAGCCGGUCGCCAAAGAUUAGCUUUUUGCCCAUGCUCAAUAUGCCUUGGACUAGCGAGCCUAAGAGCUCCGCCUCGUCGUCUAGCGAGUCCGCCGACCGUGCACUCACGGACGGCACCGCAAACACGCCCUCGCCAGUUAUGAACGAGCCCAUGACACCACCUACCACACCCCCAGUCUCGGACUGGGAGUUCAACACCUCACCGGGCGGCCUCCACAAGUCCACCAGCUUACAUAGCAGCAGCUGGAAGAAGGGGUCACAGGUCAUGCCGAUCCCUGACGACUCCGUCACAACCUCCCCCGAUUGUGCCCCGCCGGCAGCGCCCGAGGCGUUCGCCCGACAACGACAAAGCACUGACCGAAAAGCGAUCGUUCCGCAUGUCGGGCGAUUGAGGAGGAACCGCACCCGGGGCAGCGCUACGCGAUCACCGUCGUGGGGAGCGCACGCCCGGGUGUUGCUGCCAACACUAACGGAGUCGGCAAGGCCCGGCAUGGCCGCAAAAGCUUACUCACCGUAUCCCACCCGCGGGUGGGCCGUAGGAAACCGGCGGUUCGCGCCUACGAGGAUGCGGACACCGGCACUACGCCCUCUGAAGAUCCCCCAGGACAACGCGAGACUGUCCACCUACACGACGAACAGCAUCGGCACGCCCACCAGCACGUCGCAUAUGCUCCCCCGUGCCCCGGUGACUCAAAAAGCGCCAGUCGCCAGCCCGCUAUGCUGCCCAUUGCUGGGCAGGGUCAACAGCAAGACCGCCUCACAGGCCAGGAACUUCCAAUAUCUCCAGCGACCAGGCCUACGACCACGAGUCCAUCCGUCUUUCCAUGACUGGAUUUCUCGGGGUUCCUCGAACCCUGACCUCACCACCGUCACCACCUCGAGCACUGAUGCUUGUUCGUUCAUGUCGAUCGACCCCACACCGACGACAAGCGACAAUGACGGAAGAAACAGAUGCUACCCGAGAAACGCCGGCGUCCGCCUGGACCCAGACCCGGACCCGUACGGCUGGGACGCGGAGCUCGAGAAGCGCGUCGCUGUGCCGCCCGCCGCUGUCGUGGGCUUGGGCUUGGGCUUGGGCAGCAUAGAUGUCGACGACGAUUCCGGGUACUGCCCCGUGAUCCAGUACCGCCGCGCAGGCGGUGGGAGGAAGACCCUGCUGCAGCGGGUGUUGAGUUUCGGGCCUGCCGGCCAGAAUGGUAAUUAA